GUUCGCACCAAGUCAGUGCUCUUAUCUUCUCUUCACACAUCACCACUCCACUACAACAAAUCCCAGGUCACGCGCAUGGUGACUUUGAAUACAACUAGCGGCACAGAACAGGCCCACAACUCGUCAAAGUCGAACGUGUCUGAGGCUGCAGGCGUGGGAGCAACAGCCAUGGCGAACGCGUCCUCGCCUUCUUCCGCCAAACCAGCUGCCCAGCGCGACGACUGGACAUGGGCAGACCACCCGUACUCGACCUCGUUCCUCCUCGGGGCAGCCCUCACUGGGUCCUGCCUGGCCGGAUCCGCCGCUGCCUGGCUGGCAUUCCGACGAGGGGCUGCCCGGAACGCAGGGCUGCAGCCCUUGCGCCGUGGUAGCUGCGGUCCGAAGAGUGAAUCCCUCGAGUCCCGCCUGGGCCGCCUGGAAGCCUUGGUGCGCGAGUCUCAGGAAGCACAGGCGAAGCUUGGCGAUCAGCUGGGCCAGGCUGUGCCGCUGCUUCUUUCGCGGCUCGAGGGUCUCGAAGGAAGUCUAGCGAAGAUCGGCGACACGGGCAGUUUGCCUGGCAGUCCGAGUACCGGUAUCGCGGCGCAUGACCUCAAGUUGGAUGUGGCGCAGCAUCUUCUUGACAAGUACCAGAAUGGAGGCGAUACGGCGCCCCUGGUCGAACACAUCGAGUCCCUGCGCGAAGAUAUGAUCCUCCUUGAGCAGAACCUGGAGGCGAACCUCAAGGCUGGCUUUGAAGGUAAUCAAGCGGCCGUCCGUGAGGCUGUCCAGGAGGCGGCGAUCGAGAUUGAUGCUCUGGCGUUGAUUGCGAUGGUGGACAAGUCUCGCCAGUCCAACAAGGCCAUGUUGACGACCACGAGCAAGAAGCUCAAGGAAGUGCUUGACCGCUUGGACCACCUCGAGUCAGACUUGACAGUUGUCGGUGGCCAAGUGUCGCGUCUCGGGAUCGGAGCCGACCCUUCCAUUAUGAGUGUUGGAGACAUUGCCAAGGAAGUUGAACUCCUCCGCAAGAGCAGAGAGGGUUUGUCGACUCAAUCGGAGAAAGCCGAGUCGCCAGAGCCCGAAGUGGAUGUCGAUCCGCUCGUCGAAACAUACAGCGCACCGGCUGUCAAUCACUCGAUCCCGACUCGGCCUCUGCCUGACGCUCAAACUGGCGAAAGCAAUACCGCCGAAGCACCGUUAAAAGACAAGGCUGCGGAGAAUGAACUUGACUCUUCUCUGAACGCCACGCAAGGUGAACUGAACUUUGCGUACCCCAAGAGGAAGGUCCCAGCGGGUAGCCGUUGGGCCGAUGCCGCCACGGCCGACACUGAAGCGAAAGUCGAAGCGAGCGAGGGUAAGGUCCAAGAGCCGGUGGAGCAAAAGACAAUUGAGGCGCAGCCGGAGCAAGUGGUAGCAGGGGCAGUUCCAGUGGAUGAGGGAUCAACAACCGAGACAACUCCGCCACCGGCCCCAUCUUAUACUCACAUCAAGUCGCAGCAGCCGGUUGAACACCUCGGAGUCGACGACUCGGGUGACUGGAGGUUCACCUUCCUUCCCUCUAACCAGUCGGCCUUGCGCGUAGUCAGCCCGCGGGUCCGAGGCCUGUCAAUUCGACUUUCUCGAGAGUCAAGACGCACGACUAAGAAGCAAUCGCGAUACUCGGUCUCGUGGGUCUUGACGACCCGGCUCCACAACCUUCUAGCUACUGAUGAUGACAGCCAGCGGAUGGACCUGAGCGUCUCCACGUUCGGGCCCUUCAGCACUGCUAUCAUCUUCAGCAGCGGCGAAGUCGACAUGGUCCUACUCGACAAGUACUGGUGGCGGUGCAGCCGCGACGGCAACAUAUACACUGUGCGCGAGCAAGUCGGUCCCGACUCGGUGUAAACAAACCGCGGCCAGUCGGCCAACUCGAGUCGCCGAUGCAGAUCCGCACCACUCUGAUUGUAAAUUUUGUUGUACACACCCACACGCCCACACCCUGCUCUAUGUGUGUUUCACCCCACUCAGUAGUCGUUUCGAGAAGCAAAUGUACCAAGAUAUGGUCGCCUUGC